CAAAUUGUAGUUCAUUAUUCAUUGGUGAUAUCCGACAGUUGGACGGAUGGGCUCCUGCACAUGCAGUCACUUUUUGAGAGAGUAGUAAAUGAAGAUAGUGCAACCAUUGGUGUCAUUGGUGUACAAACAAGGAAUGUGUUCGCUUGUCCGCCCCUAGUGUGCUAUCCAUUUAACGCCACUUCCGGACAAGAUCACCUGAAGUCGGAUGAUUCAUCAACUUUAGUCACAAAUUAUAUUUCCUUAGCACAUGAUGAACGAAAUCUCGCAUAUGCAACCUCAGCUGCCAUUAAACUCGUGGAUCUCGAAACUGGACGCCAAAUGCGGACAUUGGUUGGUCAUAAGGGACGGAUUAAUGCUAUAACUCAAAGUAACAGGUCCAUAUAUAUGUGGGCAUCAGCAGCUACUGACUGCACAGUAACACUUUGGGAUACAAGGCAGCAUCCAGCUAACGUACUAGUGCGGCGUUUUGAUCGUCCAACCAACUGUUUAUGUUAUAGCCCGAAUGACGCUUUCAUAGCGCUAGGCUCUGAUCACUUGCACUUGAUGGAUCCACGUGUCAAAGAGUACAGAUCUCUUCCUUCUUCAUCUCAGGUAUUGCAUGUAUGCUUCCAUCCCUCUGAAUAUUUGUUGGCAACUGGAUCUGAGGACCGAUUAGUGCGUUUUUGGGACAUUGAUACUGAGGAAUGCGUCUCACAAAGUAAUCCGGCGGAUGGUACACUCAGAGAAGUUACUUUUCAUAAUGGUGGCUCGGCUCUACUUACACUUACCGACCGCAAAUGUAGUGCGAUCUCAUGGGAACCAUUUGAAAUGCUUGGACAGUGUAUAGUCCCACAGAUGGAUUACGCCUUAAAUUUGGCGACUUCAGAUUCAGAAGUUUUUGUUCUUGGACGGUCAGUGCUGCUGAGCAGCUUAUCAUUAUUGAUGGUACCUUAUGCGAAACUUCUUGCUGAAGAAGAUUCACGGGAAAAUGAAGAUCGAAGUGGUAAGUUAAAGGCAGCAAACAAACCAAAAGAUCUAUCGAAGGCAAAACCUGGUGAUCCGAAUAGGAACGAGCUGAAAGAGGAGUUAGUACUGGAGAAGAAGGAACUGGUACACUACUACAAUGAUAACAGGGCAUUUAUACCAACGCAUACACUGUCACGUACACCACCUUCACGGCCUGUGAGAGUGGUACGCACUGAAAAUGCAACUGUUGCCAUGACUACGACAACUGCACCGCUGGCUACGAUUAUAUCUAUGCCUACCAAAGCAAAAACACUGAGAACUAGGCGAAAUGACACAAAUUCAAAAUUGACACAUUCGAAAGUUGCAAGUAGUACGCGAAAAGCGGGUGGUAUAAUCCUGGGCACAUCACAAUCUAAUUUAUCAUCUCGAAAAGGAACACAUUCUUACGCGACAACAAUAGAAGUAACCAAUUCAAUGCCGGACAUUCGAUGUUCCAUCUCUAGAAAGAAGGAAGAGAAAAACCGUGGUCUUCGUGAUAAUGACGAAACGAAACAUCAGCGUCAGCGAAAGGAGCUGUAUCGAGAUCGAGAUCAGGAAAUACCUAGCGAACCAUACAGCUUAGAUGAUGUAAUCACUGGCCUAAACAAAUUUGAAAUGAUAAUGAAUCAACGACGUAUGGUGUUGGAGGAUGUAUUGCGCUGUUGGCGAACACGCGGUUGUGAAGCGGCGAUCAUGGAAGCUGCGCGAUCCAAUGAUAUAGCUGUACUGGUUGAACUGAUUGAUGCAUUCAAUCAUAUGCCUGCAGUCUGGAAUUUAACACUGUGUACUGCUAUUCUGCCUCAUAUCGAACCACUAUUCGCAAAUAAACAUGAAGAUUAUGUGGAGGUAGCAUUAAGUACGCUCAGGGCGAUAAUUACGGGUUGUGGGGACGUGAUUCGCACUGGUUCCCAUCGUCGUUUCCAAAUUGGCGUUGACGUUCCUGCUGAGGAGCGACACAUUAAAUGUGUAAAGUGUAUGCAGCAGCUAACAAAUAUAAGAGUUAAAGCUACGUUGUUGGCGGAUCGUAUGAAUAAAUCACAAUCGCAUGAAUUUACUGCUCUUAUGCAAAUCUUCGACGACACCUUGUCGCCAAGUUAGAGUUGUUUUGCAGUUUCUUUUCCGAUACUAAGCCACUUUCUGCCUAUCGUUUUGAUGAUGCUGUUUUAAGAUUUACUUCUGUCUUGAGGCUUAAUGUUCUUUAAGAAUUUUGUACGAAUAAACCAAGAAAAGCUUUUUUGAGAGGACAUGAACGAAGCUAACCUGGAGAAGGAA